CCGUGCGGGGAUGCCUGCUCGGGCCGGAAAGUUUCUUCUCCGCGGUGGCUCCACCGCUUCCAGCGCCGGCUUCUCCCUGGUCUUCCUCGGAGCUGGAGCGGCACCCUGGAUAGCCAGCCAUGAUUGCCACUGGAGGCCUCCUGAGGAUCUCAGCUAGGAAACAAGACCCGUUGCGGCCCCAAAGCCAAGUACUCAAACGCAAACGCAAGGCCAAAAAGAAGCGCAAGAACGACGUGGUGGUUGUGAAGGGCAAGCUCAAGCUGUGCUCCCUCUCGGGGCUUAUUGCCCUCUGUGGGAUCCUGGUGCUGCUAGUGGGCAUUGCCUUGGCGGUGGUGGGUUACUGGCCGAAGCCCAGCCACGUGUACAGAGAAGGCAGCCUCGGUGGGAGCAGACACCYGGUGCCGCAGGGGGGCACCCCCAAGAACCGCUCCCGGAGCCAGGCAGCUUCCCACCCAGAAACAGCCCCUGGAGCCAACUCCUCCACUACUGCCACCAUGCAGGGGUCCCCACAGUCACCCCCCACUUCCUCAUCCCCCCAGGCCUCCAUGAGUUUCCUCUUCCGUCUCUUCUCGGGCUACCUGCAUUCGGACAAGCUGAAGGUACUGGGCCCCCUCAUCAUGGGCAUCGGCAUCUUCCUCUUCAUCUGCGCCAAUGCGGUGCUGCAUGAGAACCGUGACAAGAAGACCAAGAUCAUCAACCUGCGUGACCUCUACUCCACGGUCAUUGAUGCCCACAGCCUGCGGGCCAAGGAUGGGGCAGCCCCGGCUACAGCCCCUCUCAACGGCUUUGUAAACUAUGUGCAGGCCCGAGGCCUGGAGCUCAAGCCCGGCAGUGAGGGCCUGGGUGCUGCGGCCAUGCUCGCCAAGAGCUCCUGGCCACCUGCGCUCGGUGUGUCCCUCUCUCCGCCGGAGCGGGCGUCCUCUCCGCGGCGCUCCUCCUUCUGCAGCCCGCCGCAUGCGCCCAGCCUGGCAGAGGCCGUGUACAGCAUCUACCGUGAGCGGGCGGCCCUCGCUGGCCACCCCCUCUCCAGCCCACCCUGCAGCCCCCCGGAGAGCUGGAGCAGGCACAGCACAGCCAGCUCCAUCGUGGACUCCUCACUCAGCACCUUUACCCUCCUGCCCCUGAAGCAGGGGGGUAGAGCAGGGGGCUGGCAGAGGCCCCCUGGCGAGCGAGGUGCCCGUGAGAUCCCACGAGGGGAAUUUGAGCUGAGCCUCACUGACCUCAGCAGCAGCUACAUGGACGGACACCAUGGAACAGGGAGGCACAAGCUGGUCCUAAGGCGGCAGAGCACCAGCUGCCUGCCUGAUGCCAGGUACCCACUUUCCCCUGAGGCUCCUCAGUCCUCAUCCAUCAGCAGGGGCCCGAACUCUGGCCUUUUGGUAAAGGCAUCUUCUAGCUACUCCAAAUCCCUGGAUCUGGGGAGAUCACCCCCUUCUCCUCCCCUGGCUAUCACCAGGAUGGAUUCCCAGAGCUCCCAGUCUGAGCCUUCCAGCAGCAGCAAUAAGGGCUACAGCCACCUGGAGGAGGCAGGCACCUCCUUGGAGUCAGUUGCCAACACCCCAGCCAGUAAAAUCCAGGACUGUGAGGAGGAGCCAGUCAAGCAGACUGCCCCCCUCGAGGCUACCAACAAAGAACAAGCUGGGGAGCAACCUCAGCAGACUCAAAGACAGUACACAAAUAAAGAGAAACUCUUUAUGAUUUCUAGGUCGCACACUGCAUUAGAGCUGGAGGACGGGGAGCUGGAGAGCACUGGCAUCUAAACCAAGCACAGAAGGCUCGAGGACACCUUGCAACCCUCCACACCUUCCCCCUCUAUCUUCUUGUGGACUUAGGAAACCAACCAAUAUCCAAAGAGCUGCAGUAUAUUGUCCUUAAAAGUUGAAUUCAAUAAAUCCAUCCUGUAGAUGACUUCAGGAAGACAAAAAGAAAAUCUUUGCAGUCCGAUCGUGAUUGUAUGUUCCAUGCAAACCAAAUUGUAUUAAAUAUCCACAGUCAAGUUCUUUGGAAGAGUUUAAUACAAUUUUGGACAGUAUAAUUGUGCACUUUACUGUUUGAUUUCCAAGUGCCCCUUUUCUCCUCUAAUUUCUUUCUUGCUGAUAUACCACUAACUGCUUGAAAACCACAGGCACCUUUUUAUGCUCCAGGGCAACGUGGUCUACAGUUCAAGAAAGCUGAGCUCUCUCUUUGUUUUGGUUCAAUUACUCUAAAAAGUUUGCAAGGCCUUAAGGAUGAUGUACCUUGACAAAGAAUGAGUUUAAAUUCUGGAAAAAUGAGAACUUAGAAGAGACUGGAGCUGAACAGAGCUCUGAGAAUUUAGGUAAAAUCAUAACAUUCCUCAAUCCAAAAUACCUACUACUACAUGAUACUUUAUUAAGUAUUAUUACAUAUGUAUUGCCUAAUAGCAUUAACAGUUUUUU